AGCUAAUGUUCAGAAAAUUUUCCAGUUGAGUCGAGCUCCUAUUCUAUUGUUUAUUUAUAUAUACUCCACAUCAAUUUUGCUUGAUACGUAUACCAAGUACAUUAUUUAUAAAAUAACUAAUACGAUAGUGUAAACUAGUGCGCGGCGUGCAGGAAAGUUUGAUCCACUCUACUUGCCCACGAGCGCUGUACCAUUGCGUAGCGGACCCUGUAUAUUUGGAAUUUUACGCUGAAGAUGGCUGGAAUGAAGCCGAAACGUUCGCAAAUGAUUAAAAUGUAACUGAAGUUGAAAUAAAUUGAAGAAUUUUUACGCACUAAUAACGACAUAGGACUCGUAUUUGCCUGAUUUUGAUUGAUAUAAAAACGUAUUAGUUGAAAAGUUAAUAUUAAUAUCCAUCAUGAAUAAUUAAGUGUGAUAGAUAUCUAGUGUACCUACGCAGAAGCUGACUAUCCAAUUACGGCUGUAAUUGAUCCACGUCGACAGUUGCAAUUGAGAACUCGGCCGAUACACUUCGCAAACACAAGAUUCUGUGAAAAUAAAAGCAUUGACAGCUAAUUUUACGUAGUAUCUGGAAAGAUGCUGGAAGCGAACUAUAAAGGUAGCACAGAAAGGAUGCCGGACGGCGUCUACAAGAUCUAUGUGCAGGAACCCGAAGAAUUGGGACCCAAACAAUCACAGAACUCGCAAAUGUACAUCGAAUUCAACGAUCUCUGUUACUCAAUUCACAACCGCAAAGAUAAACGAUCUCGCAAAAAGUUUGGGCUUAUCAAAUUGCUUGGAUACAUUGGCAAGCAAAUUAAGUGGUGGCGAACGGAAAAGACUCUCUAUCGGCGUAGAAAUGAUCGCCAAGCCAUCCGUUUUCUUAUUAGACGAACCAACAAGCGGUCUUGACAGUGUGGCCUCUAAUCAGGUAAAACAUAAAUUAUUAAUGCAGCUAUAUACUAUUAACAACGAUUGUAUUUACUAUUUUUACAAAGACGUUAUUCGAUAUUAACUGAUAUAGGUUGAAAUGUUUAUCUCUUGUUAUAUUCUGCUAAUCCCAUACAGCACAGAAGUUUGCAGCAAUAUUGCAGCAAAGUUGCAACAUUGCAAUGCAA